AUGCCCGUAAAGAUGCGUAGACCAGGUGCCAGAGCUGCUUCAUCGACGAACAUUGCGGCAAAGAUGGGCAUGGCAGGUCUCACCGCUGCCCAAGGCCAGACAGCCGACAAAGAGGGCGACAAGUUUGGUAAACGGAGAUCUGCAUCAUCACAUGCCUUGGCUCAACACCAGCCUCGCCCAUUCUCCAGGACAGGCUCACAGUCCAAAUUGCUCCAUAAAUCAAACGGUAAACAGCCUGCUCAGCACCAUGACUCGCCUGUUGCGGACGACGAAGACUGGGUUUCGAGCUCGAGUGCGGUUGCAAGUCCAGCGCCUGAACCAAACGACGAAGAGGAAGAUGAGGCUAUCUAUGUGAACCCACACCUUCACGGACGAACAGCCCAUCACGAGUCCCCUCCAGCGACACCCCGCCGGUCGAAUACUCGAGCGCUCCCCCAGGACCAGCGCCACCACCCCAAUAGUGACCUACGUAAUAACAAUAAUAAUAAUCCUGGUGCUCUCCACCCGAAUCCCACAGGUGCCCAGCGCCAUCACACCACAGAACCAAAUCACAUCCGCUUCGUUGGUGAACCUGGGCAUCUGCAUCAUCAACAUCCGCUCGACCAACGAAUACAUCACAACGGCGCCGCCCAUCAUGUGUCGCCCCCGCCUCGCAUGUCCGCAGUAGACGAAGCAAUGGGCCAGCCCAGCAGUUCUGUAGUCCGGAUAGCAGGCCCAUCGGUGCCUGAGCAAGCUAACAAGCCGGAUGCUGAGUUGCUUCUCAACGGGGAUGGACGACGAGGAAGGGGAGAGCAGGCUUCGCAUUCAAGAGAUGAACAACGAGUGCACGUCAAACAGCAUCAGGAUCAGAUAAUUGAGGCUUCUCCGCGGCAAAUAGCUGCGACGUCCGCUGUGCGGCCGGCUGUACCCGAGGAUGCAGACGUCGGCGGCGCCCACGUUGGUCAAGGAGAUAGCGGGAGAAUGUCGACGCAACGCGGUUUCGGCGCUGCCCUGACCCCUUUAACCCAGGUUGAAGAAGGCACCCCUUCAACUCCUUUGGCCCCUUCCACCACGAAUGCGACAGUCUCUCGAUCCGCGUCUGCAACUCGCCCAUCCAUGCUAAGGAGAGACACAACGCCCAACACGGUAUCUCGUUCUCCUAUCGUUGACCACCCUCCGCGAUCUCAAACACCGCCGGCCAGCAUGACCCACGACGAGAUGGUGGCGAACAACAACAAGCGGCAUUCUAUUCAUUCUACGGGUGCGCAACGCAGGCCAAUGUCGCUCUUCCAGCCCUCUCUGCAGGGCAAACGGCACUCUGUCGCCUCUAGGCCGCUCUCACAGCAUAUCCCGGGUCAUCCAGCACCCAUUUCCCUUUUAGCUCGACUUAAUACGUUGCAGAGUGGUAAUGUCACCGCAGCCCCAGCGGUGUCCCCAACCUAUGAGAACGAGGACGAAUCAGCGUAUGCCUCAAUGUCGCCCACUCGAUCGCGUGCAGGCCACACCCUACGAAGGCGUGGUUCGGUGGCCUCGAUCAACUCUGUCGCCACUGCGCCCGUUACAUCAACCUCUUCUGCUACCGCUCAAGGUGCGACGGCGUCGCCCACAACGCAGGCAACGACAUCGUCUGCCAUUUUGCAUAAUCUAGCUACCCGGCCGACCAAGCAUCUCUCCAUGACUUCUCGAUCUGAUGUGCGACCGGACGUACGACGAUCUGAGCUCCGCGUAGACGACAAUCCGCUCUUCGUUAGCCAAUUCUGCCAUACGAGAGCGUUUAACUCAAAGGGUCCGGAGCGCUGCCUUGGAGAGGAAAUGGCGGGCGAGGAGGAAUGGGAGUCUCAUCUUUCGAUCGCAAGGUAUCAUAAUCUUAUGCGAGAUAGCAUCGGUCGUAUCACGGCCGCGAGGAGCUUACGCUCAAAGUAA